UCCAUUCCGGGGGAUUGCCAGCUGCUGUGCUGAGCCCACCCCUCUCCUGCCUUCACAGAGCCUCUUAGCUCCCUUCCCUGUCUGAAAAACAGAGUAUCUCAGGGCUUUGUGUGCAUCUUUCCCACUGCCUCCACCCUGUCGCAGCUGCUGGAGGCUGUGCUCACAGCUGGCCAGGCGCGGCGGGAUGGGACUUGGGGAGGGGAAGCCUCUAUCAGCACCCCACACCCUGUGUCUCCUCCUUUGGCUUUGAUCCUGGAGCAAAUCCCCCAGCUUGGAGCUAGAUCAGCUCUUACACCCAAGCUCACUCCCAGGGCUGGAGGGAGCUGUGAAUUUUGUGAGGGAUGCCUGUGGGGAUGUUCCCAGCUGAGCCCUCUUGGGGGAGGGCUGGGGCAUGGAUGCUGCUGGAGCAGGAUCUCCCUGCAUUGAGGAGGUGAUCCCAUGUAGGGAAGGAGCACCGUGGUGAACAGGACAGACGAGCUUUGCUCAUCUCCAGAAUCUGCCACACUGGGCAGGGACCCCUGAGGCUGGCAUGAGUGGCCAAGAGUCACCUGUGUCCCACACAGUUCUCUGUCCCUGCAGCUCUGGACAAUCUUCCUGCACCUCCCUGCUGCCAGCAGUGCCCUGCUCAGCCAGGCAUCUCCUCCUUGGGCCUUGCCUAUGGGAGGUGGGCUCAUGCCUAGCCCUGGGCACCAGAGGAGCUGGGGGUCUGCUUGCGGAGGCCGGGCUGAGUUCACUGUGACUGCAGCUGCUUGGUGACAAAUAGCAGCCACAGCUAGAGCCAGGGACGGGGGGGACAGUCUGCCCGGCUCACCUCCAGACAUGCCGCCCUUAUCAUCGGGAGGCUGAGGCAGAGAUAAGAGCAGUUCGCUUCGAGUCCAGCCAAGACAGCCGUGAGCCAGGGAUAGGGCAGAGGCUCCAUGAGGAGGGUGAUGGGAGCAGAUGCUGCACAUCAGAGCAGGGGAUGCAUCCUCAGCCCCUGGCUGCUGCUUCCCCCUGCCCAUUGCUACCCCCCAAGCUCCUCUGAUGGAUGCUGAGCCCCUUCCCAGCCUUGUGGUAUUUUCUUCAUUCCCCAGAGCCCCAGGACGGGGGGACUGGGAGAGCCAGGGUGCCCUCCCCGCCAUGCACAGCCCCUCACGGCUUGUCCCGAUCCCUCGGAUUCUCUUCCCGGACGCGGCUGGGUUGCUGGGACAGCAGGAAGGCCAGGAUGGCCGGCAUGCUGUGGCACCCUGCUGCCUGCUGACUCGGCUGCCGGCGCUGCCAGCUGCUGUGAGCUGGUUCCUCAGGAAGCAGCCGUCGGGGAGAGCAUCCUCUCGCCGCCACCCGGAAAGCCCAGCACAGAUCACAACCUCCUCCAUCCCACCAGGAAUGUGAGUGUUCCUGCUGGAAUCAUCCUGUGCAAGCAGCAUUUCAUGGACAAAUCUCUGGUGAGGCCACAGCAGAGCUGUCAGGCGCUGGCUUUGAGGCGGGGAAGACAGGGAUGACACUUUUAUGGCUCCCGUUCAGCCAAAUACUCAGCCAGCGCUAGACACGUGCCCUAAACAUGUGCUCCCAGGUCAGAGCUACCCUGACCCUGCACAGCUUUGCUCAACCUGAAACCUGUGGUCACACCCAGGGUACCCCUCAGGGAAUAGAAGACGAAAAGAGAGUGAGAGGUGGGAAGGAAUGAAGGAGAUUCCUUCUUAAUCAGGGACUGCUGGUGGCCAGAUCCUUCCCCAUGCCCCCUCCUCCCUAGGAGGAGAUGGAGAAAUCACUGGCCACAUCCUGACAAGAGUUGUGCCCUAAGGUGAGCCAGGAGCUGUUGCUGAAAAGAGGUGCCUGACAGCAUCCCUGUCCCCUUCCCUGCUGCCACCCCCCUCCUCAGGCCGGGCAGAGGAUGGCUGCUGGCAGGCGCCGCGGUGCAGGCAGUGCGGGCAGCACAGGACACCGUGGGGCUUGUUCCUCCGUUCUGGAACAAUGGGAUAGCCGUGCCAGCGAGCAGCAUGCCCCGACAGGGCUGCCUGUUUUCUGCACAGCCCGGGGGUGGAGGGAACCAUCCCAAUUGCUGGGUCACUAGAACAACUUGGGCAAGCAGCUGCAGCUGGGCACAGAUGGCCAGGGCGCAGCUGGGACACCAUCCCACUACCUUCUCCGGCUGGGGAGGGCAGGGACCGUCGGUCGGCCAGGAUGCGGGCAGUGCAGUGGCCCCAUGCCGGAAGAUGUAAUUGUCCCUCCAUUGUGGGCUGCGGGACAGGCUGCUCCGGGCAGGCGAGCAGGCGGCGUGCCCGGCCGUCACACUCCCGUGUCCCUGGGCAGCCCGGCUCCGCCGCGUCCUCCUCGGGCAGCGCUGGCGGGGCUGGUGGAUGUCCAGGGAAAAAGAGAACAAGGAAGAGCGGUGCCUCCAGACCCCGAUUCCCACAGCCAUCCCUGGUCGGGGCUUCCCACGGCGAGCACGGGCUGUCGUGCCGGCGCUGGGCGCAGAUAACGCCGUUUCCUUGCUGGCUGCUCCCUAUCAGCGUGGCGGCGACGGGCAGACAGGAUCGCACCCCGAGCGCUCCGUGCUGGGCGCUGUCGGGAAGGGGUCCUGGCCCCCUUCACCCCGCAGCCAGCCUCGGGCCGUUUAUUUUUACACGGGUUGUUUUCUUUCCGGCUUGAAGCCAUCCUGCACGGCGGCAAGAGCUGGACCGGGGCCCCCGCGCCUCAUUUCCUUGCCAUAAAACAACAAAGUGGGGGGUGAAGCAGCGCUCUGGACUGGGACAGAGGGUCGAUGGGUCAGGGCACACGCCGCAUCGUGGUUCCUCUGUUUGGCCCCUCUGUCUAUCCCCUGACCGGCAUCCCCUGGCGGUGUCACCGCCGUGCUGCCCUUCCUGAGGACUCGACCUGGGGCUCUUGGAGCUGGGUCUGCAUGUCUGUGUACCAGCGGGAGCUGGCAUGGAGGGCAUCGCCCAAGUUUAGGGAUGAUGCCCCCUCAGAUGGGUGCAACUGGGCGCCCCAGAGCUUUUGCCCUGGUUUCUGUGCCUCUGCUUUGUCCCCACAGCCCCAGGCAGAACCUGAAGAGGCUGAACCUCACAGCGCAGCUGUCUCUCCUGAAUUCCAGAGCAGGCAGGCACUGCCUGCACAUCCUGGGCACAGAUCACUCCGUGCCACAGCCCAACUGUCCUCAGCUGCUUGUGCCUGUGGUGCUCCUGGCACAGAUGUGUUGGACACCACCUUUGUCUGGGGUCCGUGGCCAGUCCCCUCCAGUGGGAUGUGGGACAAGGGAUGUCUCUUUUUCCCUGCACUGUGGCUUCACCAGGGCUUUGCAUGGAACAUCACAGGAUCCCACCAGCCCCAACAGGGCACAUUUCUCCCCACGGCUGUCCCUUCCAAGUCGGGGGCAGUGCGGGCAGCUGGCACACCGCAGAUAAGGUGUGUGAAGAGUGUGUGGGCAACAUGUGGGCAGUGUGUGGACACACGGCGAGGCCAUCACCCAGCCAUGGUGUGCAGGCGGGGGGCCGGGGGCACCCACCCCAGCUCCGGGCUGCGAGCAGGGGGUUGGGAAAGGCGUGUGUUUCCCUUUAAGAGGCAGGCCCUGGAGCUGCUUCCUCUCAGCCCCGCAAGAGCCCUAAACACAGUGCAUCUGCCUGCAGCCUGCCUGCACGCCUGCCUGCAGCCUGCCCGCAAACAGCCCCAGGCUCAGGGUUCAGCCUUGCUUCCCAGCCAUGCUGCUGCUCCCACUCCUCCUGAAGGCCACCCUGCUGCGCCUGGCCAGUGGCUCCUACCGCCCCUUCUACAACGGCUUCUACUACAACCACAUCAUGAAUGACAAUGACAACGGGCAGGACAAAGUGGAUUACUUCAAUGGAGCCAAACUGGUGGUGGAAACCUCCAAAGACCCUGUCUACAGCUACAAUGGUGCCAAUGUCACCCUGCCCUGCCACUAUCGCUAUGAGCCCGACAUGGGACCUAAGCGCAAAAUCCGCAUCAAGUGGUCCAAGCUGCGGGACGACUACACCAAAGAGCAGGAUGUGAUGGUGGCCAUAGGCAAGACCUACGUGGCCUUCGGGGACUUCAAGGGCCGUGCUCACAUCCGUCAGGCCAGCCGGCACGAGGCCUCGCUGGUCAUCAGCGAUGUGCGCUUGAAGGACGACGGCAAAUACCGCUGUGAGGUCAUCGACGGGCUGGAGGAUGAGAGCGAUGUCGUGGACCUCCGGCUGCAAGGCAUCGUGUUCCCCUACCAGCCUCCCCGCGGGCAGUACAGGCUCAACUUCCACGAAGCCGAGCAAGUGUGCCGGGACCAGGGUGCCAUCCUCGCCAAUUUUAACCAGCUCUUCCAGGCGUGGAGCGAGGGGCUGGACUGGUGCAACGCGGGCUGGCUGGCCGAUGGCACGGUGCAGUACCCCAUCCGCCUGCCCCGCAAGCCCUGCGGGGGUGUGCACCUCGCCCCGGGCAUCCGCAGCUACGGCCCGCGCCACCGGCACCUGCACCGCUUUGAUGCCUUCUGCUUCUCCUCCGCCCUCAAAGGAGAGGUUUUCUACCUGGACCGCCUGGCUGGGAUGGAGGAGGCCAAGCAGAGCUGCCAGGAUGCGGGGGCCGAGAUCGCCCGGGUGGGGCAGCUCUACUCCGCCUGGAAGUUCCUGGGGCUGGACCGCUGCAGUGCCGGCUGGCUGGCAGAUGGCAGUGUCCGCUACCCCAUCGUCACGCCCCGGGCCAACUGUGGCCCCGCGGAGCCCGGCGUCCGCAGCUUCGGCUUCCCCAGCAAGGGCAGGUUCGGGGUCUUCUGCUACAAGGAGAGAUAAGGAGCCAGGAGGGAUCCUUCUUGGACGAAGGAUGUUUCCAGCCUGCCAGUGCCCAGUGUUGGGCAUUUCCAAGGGCUGUUUUGGGGGUGACUGGGGGGAGGUGGGAUGGGGGGAGGUUUCUUUUUGUUUUGUUUUGUUUCCUUCCUUUAUAUUUUCCAUGUCUCGCUCAGCAGCUGGCACAUGCAGCUGCUUGGGGUGGCUGCCAGCCGGGCAGUGUGGGACAGUCCCUGUUGUGGGAUGUGUGCGAGGAUGAUUCCCCUGGGCUACUGCUGCCACCCCACUUGGCUGUGCCACCCCAUGGGUGGUGGCCCCUUCCUGCGGUGGCAGGUUGUCACUGACACCCACCUGCCCUUCCAGGCUGGUCCUGCCUCCGAGUUCAUGAGGCAAGGCCAUGAGGGAGUGAGGCAAGGCUGGAUUUGGCCAGAGCAGAGAGCGGGUAUCUCCGUUGCAUCCUGGCCCCUCUUCCAGCCCCAUCCAUGUCCUGCUGAAGGAUGCCAUUGUGCCUGUCCCUGCAGGAGCACAAGUGCCUUAUCUCCAUGUGCCCCUUGUGUGGACUCCAUUUGAACUCUGAUGCCUUCUUCUUUGAGCAUUGGCUGCAAAAAGAUGUGUUUUUCUGGACAUCUUCUAAUAAAACGGUGGAGAAAGCCCUGGAGUGACA